GUGACUUGAAUUCUCUUAAACCGUCUAAUCUGCAGCUCAGAGGCAGAAUGACUGCUAAAGUGCUGGAUGAAGUUUCUGCGUCUCUCAGCAGUAUUAUAGAGAAUAUUCCUAAAGAUGUGUACACGACGGAGGGGGGGUUGUCUUCUCAGGCGUCGGUUGUCUUUAAAGAGGAGGCUGUAGGUGAGGAAGAGCACGAAGGGACACCUGAGAAUGAGCGCGGUGAUCUUCUGCUGGAAGAGAAGAGCGCACCUGAGCUGCUUGUGCAGGGCAAAUUGGCGCAGUACGUGGAAACUUUACGCACGCACCCUGUGGCGUUUACAGGCAAGUUCUCGGUGGACUCGAGAGGCGCAGGAGGACCUUGGACACCGGGGGAAGUUAUCAACGUGGUCAGCGCUGACAUCGCCACCCCGGGGCAGCUCACGGUGUCUGAAUCUCCUUCAACAUCCCCCGAUAUUUACGCAGGAGGAGGAGGAGGAGACGCGGCGGACGCGGGGGACGGCACCAUGGCGCACGGCCAGCCGGACAUCAGCCACAUGUACGCGCCCCCUCACCCUCAUCCCCACCCUCACCCGGCCCCCUCCUACUCCUGCAGCGCGGACAUGUACCAGGAUCAGUCGGCAGGGGGCUACCUGGCGACGUCCACCUGCGCCGUGUCCUACCACACGGCUCCGUCCUACAGCUCUGUGCCCAAACCCACUGCUGACGGCGCCGCGCUGCUGUCCAUCAUGCCUGAGUACGGAGGCUUCUACCAGCAGAGCUGCCAGAGAGAUAUCCAGACGGCCUUCCCAGAGAGAAAAUCCCUCCCGUACCCGUUAGACUCCCUCAGGGUGCCUCCGCCUCUCACGCCCCUCAACACCAUCAGGAACUUUACGCUCGGUGCGCCCUCGCCGGCCGCCGAUGGGCCGAUGGCCGCCGUUUUCCCCAGCCACCAGAACCUCCCUCUCAGGCCUAUUUUAAGACCCAGGAAGUACCCGAACCGACCGAGCAAGACCCCCGUCCACCAAAGGCCGUACCCGUGCCCGGCGGAGAGCUGCGACCGCAGGUUCUCCCGGUCGGACGAGCUGAGCCGGCACCUGCGCAUCCACACCGGCCACAAACCCUUCCAGUGCCGCAUCUGCAUGAGGAACUUCAGCCGCAGCGACCACCUCACCACUCACAUCCGCACGCACACCGGGGAGAAACCCUUCUCCUGCGACCAGUGCGGGAGAAAGUUCGCCCGCAGUGACGAGCGGAGGAGGCACAUGAAGAUUCACCUACGGCAGAAGGAGAAGAAGUCCUCUGCGUCCUAAUCCUCACCCCGCACGGCCCGAUGCUGCUGAAUGUAAACUGUCUGAGUCUGAACAUGAGCUCGAUGCGCUCCUGCCACAGCCUGCCUGCCAACAGAGCCCACAUCUCAUCUGGAGCUGUAGUGUCCUCACAACAACGGGAAGAAAACUGUUUGGAGGCCACAUCUUUAAAAAGAAAAAAAAAUCAGGGAGAAUCACAACCAGAGCUCGCAGUGAUGUGUUUGGUCAUGACUUCAUUAUUUAUCACAUCAUCUAAAACAUCAUUCCUCACGCAGUGGUCCAGAUUACUAACAGAACAUUAAAUUAUAGGAAAUGUAAAGGGACUUUGGUUUACACUCCUAAACACACUGUAAAGAGACAGCAGUUGGUGUCAGUGUGCCAGUCGUAUGUUUCUGCUCCAGUGCUCUGUGGCAAGGCACCAUGUCUACUGUCUACGCUUCAUAUUCUCAGGGAUUCAAUUACAAUUCAGGCUGCAAAGAUGAGACCGAAAUCCUGCAAGUGAGCCGAGUCUGAGUGAUGCUGGAGGCUUCGCUGCUGCUGCUGCUGCACUGCCUCCAGCUGUGGGUGGUGGCUUUCAAUUGCAGCUAAGUUGAAAAAAAAAAACCUGUUAAUUUCAGAUAAUACAACAAGUCAUAGCGUCUGAGGGGACUUUUGGAGCCUCACUCAUUUCUCCCCAAACACACAGAAAUACAAUUCACUGGAACAUCCUACACCCAAAAUCCAAAUCCGUAGUUUCACUUCAAAACUACAAUAAUGACACAAGAGUUUCUCUUCAGCAUUUCGGUUUUGUCGUGAGGAAAAUGUCAUUUCAGACUCAUCUGACCAUCAGUCUACUUCUUAUUUAAUGGUGAUGAGCUUGAAAUCUUUGCAUCCUCUCCUCUGUAGCUACAUCAUCGACGUUCAGUGAGCUACAAUCAUAAUACAAUACUCAUAUUAAAGUGAAAAGACGUUUUGCAGGUUUACAUCAGACAGAAAAUACUUUGUACUGUUGUGAUGAUACAAACUGGAUCUCACUAAUGAUGUUUUUUACAGUGGAGGCACUGAACUGCCACCCUGCGCUGUGAUGAGAGGUUCAUGUAAGGAUUAAAAAACAUGAUUCAAAUGUUUGGAGGUGGGAAAAUUACAGGUGACAUUUUGGUGAUGUCACAGUGCACCGAAGAGAUACUGUGACAUCACAAGCAGGGCGGGGCUAAAGUGGGAAUCUCAGUGAAAAUUUCAUUGGAGCUUUUUUUAAACCUGGUUUUGUAUCAUAUCAGAAAUGUUGAAACGGUGACGUUCAUUCUUGUUUCAUUCACGCACCUGAAGAAGAGUCGACUCCACGUGCAGCUCGGUUUGGAUUUCAUGAGACUGUAGCCUGAUAAUCUGUUUUGUCUGCUUUGGUUCCAUGUUUGGCUGCUUUCAGGUGUCUGCACAGACCUGGCGAUAACUGCAAAGAUCCAACCAGCAUUUCUACCUGACGAGUGUGAGAGAAAGAGUCACUGGACAAAAAAAAGUUCUGUUUUUGAGUUUUAUA